AGGACUACCCUCCUCUUCCUUUCACCAUAUAACUUUUACCACACGUUCUUCCUCUGUUUUUGUUGUAUGGCUCUCAUUACCAAUCCACACUCAGGUUUCAAGUACCAUUGUCGAGUUUGCAAGAAAGGAUUCGCUUGUGGUAGAGCUCUGGGAGGCCACAUGAGGUCCCAUGGGAUAACAUCCGAUCACCGCGACGAUCUCAUCGACGAAGACGAAGAUCACGACCAUGCCAGCGAUUGGGAUUGGGAGGCCACUACUGCCGCUCCCGCUAAUAAACGCAUGUACGCCUUGCGCGCCAAUCCUAACCGACUCAAGACCUGCCGCGCCUGCGAGAAUUGCGGAAAGGAAUUCUCCUCGUGGAAAUCGUUUCUUGAGCACGGGAAAUGCAGAGCGGAUGAUGUUGACGAAUCGCUCAUGUCAGAUAAUGAUGAUGAAGAAUAUGGCGUGAAUUCCAACAACUGGUCCAAAAAGAGGAGAUCUUUUCGCGCCAAAGUCGGCAAUUACGGUAAUUGCCCUUCCAGUGAAGAGAUCGACCUCGCCAAUUGUUUGAUGAUGUUGUCCAAUGCCAUUGUUGAUCAGCCAUCUGAGAUGGAGCCAGAGGAGUCUUGCGCUUCCGCCAGCAAAGAUGAGGAGAGAAUUAGAAAUUACCCUUCGAGCUUCGUCGCCCCUGUGUCUUAUGGUAGAAUCGCGGCUCCACCACCGUCUAUGGACAAGGCCAAGGCGCCAGUGGUUCCGAAGGGGCUGUUUGAGUGUAAAGCAUGCAAAAAGAUGUUUACCUCUCAUCAAGCACUUGGUGGGCAUCGCGCUAGCCAUAAGAAAGUUAAAGGUUGCUUCGCUACCAAACUAGACGGUAUGGACGGCAGUUUGGAAGAAGAUCACGACGAACUUUUCCCGACCGUGAAAUCAAUGGCGGAAAUGCAUUUGAUCAAUCGUGGAGCGACAAGUAGUACUCCGUUCAAACGAAAGCACAGAGGGCAUGAGUGCUCCGUAUGCCACCGCGUGUUUUCGUCGGGUCAAGCCUUGGGUGGCCACAAGAGGUGUCACUGGAUCACUUCAAAUUCCCCAACAGCACCGGUAAACACAACUUCUCCGAUCAAGAAACUGUUCGAUCAUUCCGAUCAGCAACCAUUGCUCGAUCUUACCCUUGAUUUAAAUCUCCCAGCUACAGAUGAUCGUGCGGAAAUUUACUUGGAGCCGUGGGUAGGAAUUGAACCAAAAGAUCAAAUUGAAAAUAGUAAUCAAAAUAUUGGUAAUAACAACGAGAAGGACCAUAGAAUUAAUGAAUUGGUGCAAAAAGUGGAGGAUGAAACAGCUGCAGAGAGUAAAGUGAAGUUGGCAAAGUUAAGUGAGCUAAAGGACAUUAACAUGAAUGGAGGUUCAUCGUCGUCAUGGCUGCAGGUGGGAAUUGGAACUGGUAAGGAAGCAAGCGAAUCAUAAAAUUUUAUCAUGAAAAAAUUAUGAAAAGCAUUUUUUUUUCUUUUUCCUUUUGUAUUUUUUUAUCCUAUUUUGUAAGGAAUUGUAAUUAAUUGUUGAGAAAUAA